GUAUAGCAGCACCAGCACGAGAGCCAGAAGCUGACCUUGGAUGUCCAACCCUUUUUCUUUGCAGAGGAGAGAAGGGCAGUGAGACACGGCAAAAGGCUACAUCAAGCCACCAGGGAAGGAUGUGGGCUUAUACCGUUGGUUUUACUGUCCUGCCUCAUGUUGGGGGUUUCCUUGGCUGGUUCAUUAAUCGCAAAGAAAUACCUGCUUGGUAUGAGAAGCUGAAAAAACCUUCCUGGUGCCCAUCCCGCAACCUGUUCCCUUUUGCCUGGACUGUCCUGUACACUGGCAUGGGCUAUGCCUCCUACCUGAUCUGGAAUGACCUGGGUGGUUGCAACAGCAAAGCUAUCGUCCCACUUGGCCUCUACGGGGCUCAGCUGGCCUUGAACUGGGCUUGGCCUCCCUUCUUCUUCGGUGCACGGAACCUGAAGAUGGCCCUGGUGGACAUCCUGUGCUUGGACAGCCUGGCGAUAGGCACCGUGUGCUCCUGGUACCGCAUUAACAAGGUGGCCACGCUGCUGAUGGUGCCUUACCUGGGCUGGCUGGCCAUGGCCACCUGCCUCACCAUCCGCAUCUGGAAGGACAACCCCGAGCCAAAACCAGCCAAGAGUGAAUGA